AUGGCAUCAGCUCAUCGAAAUAAUCAUUCAGGUCCGCUCCGAGACAACCAUGGGAGCAGCACCGCCACCGGUGCCGGCGAGAGCGUCGACACCAAGCUCUACUUUGCCUACGGCUCCAAUCUGUCGUCGACCCAAAUGGCCCGGCGCUGCCCCGGCGCAACAGCCGUCGGUCUGGCCCAUCUGUCUGGCUGGGACUGGAUCAUCAACGAGCGGCAUUACGCCAAUGUAGUCCGGCGGCAGCAGCAACAGCAGGCGACAGAGAAGAGCAAGAUACUAAAAGAAGAGAAGGAUCCCGGCGUUUAUGGCGUACUGUACCGUCUGCCGCCCGCGGACGAAAAGGAACUGGAUCUGUGCGAGGGCGUGCCCUGGGCGUAUCAAAAAGUCAUGUUGGAGGUCCUUUUGGUUUCGACUCCUCGCAAAGACACAGUAGACCAAGGAGAACCAGAAACCCCAGACGGAGAUCAAAGCGGAAACUAUGGUCAAAUAACGGCGGCGAAUGAGGCGGGAGAAAUGGUCUCGGCCCUCGUCUAUGUCGAUUCCAACAACGUGCGGCCCGCUGCCCCCAUGCCCGAGUACGUCGACAGAAUGAGCCGCGGGGUGCGGGAGGCUCACGGCGCGUGGGGGUUCCCCGAGUGGUUCGCGGACCGGGUCAUGAAGAAAUACAUUCCUGGGCUGAAGUGGAAUUAG